GUCUGCAAUCUAUGUGGGCGGUGGAGUGGAGUAGGGAAGACGGGACGAGUUGUAAUGUUGUAAACAUUUACCGUAAUAAUAAUUAUUAUUGCUUAAACAGAUUGAUUUUAUUACAUGGCUUUUCCAGAAAAUUCUCGUAAAGCCCAAACUCCAGAUGGAUAUGUUCGAUUCAGUAAUGACAUUGCAAAUGGGAUUGAUUCCUUACACCAGAGAAGUAUCAAUAACUGCGAUGAUAUUCCCAAUGAGAUAGGGAGUAGAUCAAGCUUGAAUCGAGAUGUGGAGCUACGAAGCCCAUCAGAAAUCACCUCGGACACAGACUACAACUGGCAGAUGAAUUAUCAUGAGGCAGCUAUUUUUCUCGAGGAAGGUGAGAAUAAUGAGAAAUUUGACUCCCACCCAUGUCAUCCAGAAGCUCUACCAGCAUACCUGUUAGUUCAUAAUCGACUAUACUAUACAGUGGAUCUUGUCACUUCCAUAAUCUUGCUGGCACUUGCUCUCGGAGAGGAUCCAGCUGUUCCUGCUUUUCAGCUCCCAGUAUGGGUUCACAGCACUAUUGAGUUGUUCUGUCUUUUCAUCAUCGGAUUAGAAUUGGGAUUCAAACUGCGCUGGAUUGGUUGGACGACUAUUCUGAAGCAUAAAAGAACAAUGUUGAAGUGUGUAACUCUUGUGAUAAUGGUAUUGGAAGCGCUAGUGAUCCUCGUACGGCAGUCAAGUCAUCUGAGGGUGACAAGAGCAUUGCGCCCCAUAUUCCUUGUUGACACAUGCCACCUUGGGGGUGUGCGUCGCUGUAUUCGUCAAAUUCUGCAGUCAUUGCCUCCUAUACUUGACAUGUUGGCGCUGAUCUUCUUCUUCGUUUCCAUCUAUGCUCUACUCGGCUAUCAUCUCUUCUCGACAAAUCAUGUCAAUAAAUCAUUCCACACAUUGUAUGACAGCUUUGUUACAAUGUUCGUACUCCUGACCACCGCCAACUUUCCUGAUGUCAUGAUGCCCGCUUAUGCAAUAUCGAAAUGGUACUCAGUGUUUUUCAUUUCAUAUCUGUGCAUCUGUCUCUACAUCUUGAUGAAUCUUAUGCUUGCUGUAGUCUAUGAGACUUUCACUAGUAUUGAGAGAGAAAAGUUCAAGAAGCUUCUUCUUCAUAAGCAACAGGCAUGUCAUCAUGCUUUCCGACUCCUGGUAACCAAACAGCAUCCCGGUGAGCUGAGAUUUCGACAAUUCGAGGGUCUUCUUCGUUACUACAAGCCAAAGAAAUCCGUACGUGAUACCUUGUUGAUCUUUAAACAACUGAACACUUCAAAUUCAGGAUUUUUAAAAAUUGACGAAUUUUGUAAUAUAUAUGAUGCGGUGACAUUGCAAUGGGAAGCGCAGUAUUCGAAUAUUCCUUGGUACCAUGGAACAUGGAUUCCAGAACGGCUUCAAACUGUUUGUCAAAUCACACACAAUAUUGUAUCCGAGAAAUAUUUCGAGCAUACAGUCACCUUUAUAAUAUUGUCUAAUUGCUUAGCAAUGUUAUUUCGUGCUAGUCAGAACUAUCCCGAUCUUGAAAAAGCUGCGCAUGUUUUUAUUUCUUCCUGGGAUGCAAUUUUCUUCAUGUCGUGCUAUGCUAUUGAAGCUUCAUUGAAGGUUGUUGGUCUCGGUUUGCAUCAAUACUUAAACUCCGGCUGGAAUUGCUAUGACAUAACUGUGACAACCCUCACUCUAAUGAGUAUCUUGCUGAUCAAGAUGUUUCCGACUUGGACUUUUCUGGUGAUUUUCCGACCACUGCGCAUGCUCCGAUUGUUCAAAAGCAAGAAACGCUACAGGGAUAUUAUUGGAACAAUGGCACUGUUGGUACCACUGAUGUGUUCCACGGCGGUUGUCAUGCUUGUACUCUACUAUUUCUUCGCUAUCAUUGGCAUGGAAUUGUUCGCCGGUUAUGAUAUGAGAAAUUGUUGCAAAGGAACAGCUGUAGAGGAGUUCUACAGAGCUUCGAAUGGCUCUGGAAAUGCUACAUCUGCAAUCGGCUAUUACUACUUGAAUACAUUCGAGAACUUGGCUGCUAGUAGUGUAACUCUGUUCGAAUUAACCGUAGUGAACAAUUGGUUCAUACUAAUGGAUGGCUACGCGUACGUGUUCCAUCCACUCAGUCGAUUCUACUUCAUACUUUUCUAUCUGUUCACCAUGAUUGUUCUGACUAUUGUGGUAGCUUCAGUGCUGGAGGCAUUCCGAUUCAGAAUACAAUACAAGAGGCAAACAACAAAAAGGGAUGAGGAAAAGCUAUUACACGAGGAGGUGCAUUUAAGAUGGGAUGAGGUGGAAAGUUGGAUUCCAGAUUUCCAUUUGCUUGAAAAACUCAAAACUGACUUUGUUUUUAAUGGUACUGCAACAUACUUGGGAUGUCGCCCUCGUAACAGGGAAGUUCUUCAAAAGAGAAUGUACAGGAACGAAAUGGAAGAAUGGCUGAAGGAGAAUGCAAUGAAUGGAGAACAAAACUAAUGUCACAAGUUAUCACAAAUUGAUACCAAACAACUAUUAAUGAGCACCAUGUAGCUAAUGUGUUAGUUUUAGAUUGUAACUUUCCACUAAUUGAGGUGUUUACUGUUAAGUAUUCAGCUUAGUUUAACUUUAACGAAUCAACAGUAUUAUUUCGGUGAUUAAUUAUUUAUUUUCUUUAGUUCCUAUUUUAAUAGUGUAUUUUAAUAAUUGUUGAAUUUUAAAUAAUUUAUUUAGCUUUUGCACAUUUGAGGCUGGGCCUUGUUUUGUUAGUUAAAUUCUUAUCACAGUCUAAUUUGAAAUUUAAUUUAUCACAAAAUUAACAUGUAAUAAUAUUGACUACUUUUCAUUUAUAUUAAUAUUGACGUAUGGGGAAUUAUAAUGGUUGAAAUAAUUUCAAGAAUGGGUAGUGCAAUUUAGAAAAUGAAACAUUGAAAUAAAAUGUACAGCUUUCAAGCAAUGUUAGGGUAGUUUGUGUAAUAUUAAAUAUUUCAUAAAAUGAGAUAAUAAAUUCGUAUUAAGGUAUAUAUUUUGCAUAGAAUAUAUUUGAAAAUCUGAAGAAAUGUAUUUUGAAAUAGAUAUUUGUAGACAUACCGGUAGAUAAUUAUACAUGGUUUUUUGCGUAAGGAACCUUUGAAAAUUUUAUAAAACUUGGAUUAUUCCAAUUAUCAAAAAGUAAUAAAAAAUAAUAUUUUUGGUUGCACUGCAAGUAAGAUGUCACAUAAAAACGUUCAUUCAUAAUGAAAUGAAUCUCAGAGUAAUAAUAUUACUAUAAAUAAUAACAAUAAUAAUGUGAUGAAAAAAUUCAAAGCAAUAUUUAUAAUAAGGUAUAUCGGUAUUGAUUGAUAAGCUAGCUGCCUCUGAGUGGUCGAACUCUCCUGGUUCCCUGUCAUUAAAUUAUAUUGGAGCAUCUUCCGCCUCAUAACAAUGAAGUCAUCAAAAGAAAAACCGUAAUAAUUGUAAAAAUGCAUGAAAUAAUUUGAAUAACUUGAUAAGCAAGAUAUCGAAAAAAUUGAGAACUUCUAAUAUUUCUUGAAUGAAAUUAUGUAUUAUUAGAACAAUGGUGAUUUAAAAGGAAUUUGUGUAAUGAGUUUCUCUGGAAAGGUUUGUCUAGACUGCAGAUUCAAGGAAUUUUAAACUGGUUCAUUUCUAUGUAAUAUCUAUGCUCUGAAUCUGAAAAUUGGUUAGUUGCUUGACAGUUUGACUCGCGGCCAUUGUCAUCUUUAUUCAAAACCCACCUUCUUUAUUUUUGAAAGAAAUUACUAGAAAGUUCUAACAAUUCAAAUAUUUUGAUAGACUUUUUUAAUGAUUCCAAUUAAUGCAAUUUAGAAAGACGGCUUUAAUUUUAAUCUAUCAUUUCUUCGCAUUGUAUAAUCAGAAAAUGAAGUUAAUAUCAUAUUUCAUUCUGUACAGUAUUUUACCUUGAUUCGCUUUCAUGGCUGAUACAAUGUGUUUUUCACUAGUUGACCUCUUUCUAGGUUUUAUCACAGAAUACAGCAUGUUGUAUUCUGUGGUUUUAUCAUCCAGUGCUCCCAGUAUUAUUCAGGAUAAUAAGAAGCCCUAUGCUUCCACCUAGCAGAUACUACAUAGGCUAUUAGUUGUCAUGUACUACUUACCACGCUACUUAAAGGUAGCAUGGAAGAAUAUCUAAUAUUGUGAAUGUCUAUCGUUGCAAUAUCAUAGAACUUACCAGAGAUUUAAUUCAUUAUAAGUAGUGGUGUUUUUACUUAUAUAUAUCCUGUACUUUGUUCUUUACUGUAGAUGUUGAUGUUGAUUAAAUUUAGAAUUAUUGAUUGGCUGGUUGUAAACAUAAUUUAAUAAUGUAGUUAAUCGUUUACUGUGUUUAUGGCAUGGCAGCUACCGGUAAGGCAUCUCGUAAUAUAAUUAUGUUUUAAACAUAGAAUAAUUUAUUUCCAUAUCUAUACAAAACCAACUAUUGUUAUGCCGUUCUCUAUUAUGCUAAUAUUUCUCAGGUAUUAUCUGUUUUACAAUCAAAUAUUGUUAAAUUAUUCUGAAAAAAUGGUUCCCAUACCUUAUGUUUAUGACUUGUCACGAUCAGGCUCUAGUAUCUCACCGAAAAUCAUAAAUCUAGUCUAGUUUUUAGAUUCUAUGUUAUCUUUUAAUCUAUGUUGUUGUCCAUCUUUUAACUAUGAAGCUGCUUGCUUUCGCAGGAAAUAAGUUAGCCUACUUUAUAAGAAAUACUAGUUUGUCAGAUAUAAGCUAUUAUUAACUUUUUUUAUUGUAAUUGGUUGUGUCUAUUCAUCCACCGAUUUCUAAAUCUUUCAGUUUAUAUUUUGCAUCCGAUUUUUCUGUGCUGUAUUAUUUAUCAACCUUAAACUUCCUAUUGAAACAAAUAUUAUUGAGUAAAUCUUUUCUUGACACCCA